CGUAAAUAAAAAAAAUGUGCUGAGUGCGUCGUUAAAUAAAACAUUUCUUUCUUUCUUUCAAAGAAAAAAAGCGGACGUGAUUUCUUGUGAACAAGAGGACUUGCUGUGGCAAAAGGGAAUUUUGUGGGAAGAUACACCUCAGAAAUUAUUAGACACCGUUUUUUACUUAAAUGGCAUUAAUUUCUGUCUUCAAGGAUGGGAGGAGCAUCGUGCUUUAAAAGUUGGAACGUUUUCCAAUUUUAAGAUAGUUUCCAAGAAUGGGGAGCGAUAUCUUGUAUACAAUGAGGGCGUCACCAAAACUAAUGCAGGCGGUUUGAAGCACAAGAACUUGACACCGAAAUCAAUCACGAUUGGAUCGAACAACGAAGACCCGACACGAUGUCCCGUUAAGACUCCACGAAAAAUAUAUGUCGUUACGGCCCCAUAACUGCGAAGAUUUCUAUCUGAGACCACUUAAAUAUACCAAACAAGGUUUAUGGUACUGUUCUGUUCCCGUUGGGCGACACCUUCUAUCAGGAGUUGUCAGGCGACUCUGUGAGAAUGCCGGAUUCAAUGGGUUCUACACCAAUUGCUCCCUUCGUGCCACGACGGCCACCCGGUUGUAUGAAUGUGGCAUUGAUGAGCAACUGAUAGCUGAACGGACUGGUCAUAGGUCUUCGGCUAUUCGAGGGUACAAAAGGACGAGCGACGAUUUGCUCAAAAUGGUAGAUGACGUGGUACAACGAAAAGUUUCCGCGACCACCAACAAUUUGAAGCCACCCCCUUACAGCACUCCUCUUCGUCAACAGGCCGGUCGAUUCGAUAAUGCAACAGUAGUGUCAACAGAUGCACCCAACGCCGUGCAACAAAGUUGUGUUCAAUUCGUGGUUGAGCGUAAUGGUACAAAAGUGACUGUAAACUGGAUAAAAAUGCUAUUAAAAUAA